AUGCCCCUCUUCCACCUGCAGACGUUCUGGAAGUAUAUCCAAAGAGUUUUCUUGGGCACUCUGGUGAUGAUGAUUUCAAGACACAUAGCCCAGGCUAUCUGCUUCCUCACCCAGACCGGAGUUGGGGUCAUGGGAAAUUCCCUCCUGAUCACACUCCACAUCUCCGCAUUUCUUCUGAACCACAAGCCAAAGCCCACGGACCUGAUCAUCGUUCACCUGGCCCUGGUCCACGCUAUGAUGCUCCUUACCAGGGGGGUGACUGUGGGGGCAUCUCUACUGGGGCACCGGCUCAUCCAGAAUGACAUUGGGUGUAAGGCUUUCGCAUAUGUGUACCGCGUUUCCCGCGGCCUCUCCAUCUGCACCACUGCUCUCCUGAGUGCAGUCCAGGCCGUCACCAUCAGUCCCAGGAGCAGUCCCUGGGCCCAGCUCAAAUUUGACACCCCAAAAUGCAUCUUGUCGAUUUGUGUCUUCUCCUGGUUGGUCAAGCCGCUGAUUAGCAGAAACCUUCUGCUCCAAGUCAUCUCUUCCCCCAACGGGUUUUGUCUUGCCCUGAUGAUUCUGCGGGACGGCACCUCUCUGGGGCUCAUGAGCCAUGCCAGUGCCCACAAAGUCCUUUUCCUCUACCGACAUGGCCAGCGGGUCCAGUAUCUUCACACCUCCAACCUCCCCGGCCAAGCCGCUCCAGAGAGAAGAGCCACCCAGAGCAUCCUGCUGCUGUUGAGCUGCUUUGUGACUUUCUACUGUGUGGACUUCCUAUUUUCCUGCUUCCUAGGCACAUCCUUAAAGAAUAACUUCAUACUUAACAGUUCUAACAUGUUUGUGGUCAGUGGCUAUGCCACCAUCAGCCCCUUUGCGCUGCUCCAAAGCAACCCAGGAAUCAUUAAGUUCUUGCCUCAUUUUUUGCUGAAGAAAAGUCCCCACGGCCCCCAGGUGGCCACUACUGACUCUCUUCACACCCCCGUAUCUGGAUCACUGUCCUUUGGCAGUGUGGCUUAG